CUUCCUGGUUUAAAGAGCCAGUGGUUGGAGGAACUGCGUGGCUGAAAAAAGAAACUGACACGUGGAUCAUCAUCAACACUUCAGGAAUCAGGAAAAAGCUGAAUUUCCUCCUGCUGCGUAAUAGCAGCUGUGAAAGCCGAAAGUGCGCUCAUUUCUGCCAGUCGCCGGAGCGCAAUGGAUGCGGCAGAGGUCUCAUAAAGAGAUGCUUCCGCGAAGAAACUGGAAUAGAAACAUUUUUUUUCAUUGCUUUGGUUUUUUUGCCUGUUACGCUCUCAGACUGACCCGAGAGGAUAAACAGAGCGGAUAGUCACACACGGAUAUAUUUGGCGUUGAAUGGCAAUUCUACAAAAACAUGGAAAGAACUCUUGUCCAGAUUUGGCAGGUAUUAAGGAGAACCCCGCAGAUAAUAUCGGACCAGCUGGAGCACAGAAGAAGUGGGCAGAGUCCAGUCAGAACUGGACCAGGCCAGUAUUGAGGAUAUGGACACUGGUGCUGUUGCUGGGGUCAUGCCUGCUGUACUGUGCCCGUGUGGCCAUGCCUAUCUGUGCAGCGAACAUGGCCGAGCGCUUCAGCUGGUCCAAGAGAGAGACGGGCAUGGUGCUGGGCAGCUUCUUCUGGGGCUACUGCUUCACUCAGGUGCUUGGAGGCUACGUCAGUGACCGGGUGGGAGGAGAGAAAGUGAUGCUGUUGUCAGCGGCAGCAUGGGGAGCAAUGACCACCUUCACGCCAAUCUUAGCCCAUCUCUGCUCCCAGCCCAUCGUCUCCAUGACCAUCUCCCGCUUCCUCAUGGGCCUGCUGCAGGGUGUUCACUACCCUUCUCUGGCCAGUCUGUGCUCUCAGAAGGUUGUGGAGAGUGAGAGGGGCUUCCUCAUGAGCACAGUAGGAACCGGCUCAUACCUGGGGACUCUGGUGAUAGGAGGCAUAGGCUCUCUGAUGCUGGACUUGUAUGGCUGGGAGAGUGUGUUCUACAUCUCUGGGCUUCUGUCUUUGUUGUGGGCGUACUGCAUGUGGAAGUAUCUGCUUAAAGGAGAAGGUCCCAUCAUCACACUGGAGUCUCUGGGCAGUGCUGGGACCCAGUCCAAACUGUCCAGGAGAAACUGGCUACGUCUCUUCAGACAGCCAGCUGUGUGUGCCGUCAUUAUUACACACUUGUGCAACGCUAGCACCUUCUUCACAUUGCUGUCAUGGCUGCCAACGUUUUUCAAGGACACCUUCCCUGAUGCCAAGGGUUGGGUGUUUAACGUGAUCCCAUGGUUUGUGGCCAUCCCUUCUUCCCUGUUUAGUGGCUGCCUUUCAGACCAUCUAAUCAGUCAGGGUUUUGAUACUGCAUCAGUGAGAAAACUCAUGCAGUUCUUCUCUAUGGGCGUCUCCAGUGUGUUUACUCUGUUUCUGUGUGGGACCACUACCUUCCCCACAGCUGUGGCUUUCGUGUCCGCUACUAUGGGCCUCACCACAUUCAGCCACUGUGGGGUUUCAGUGAAUGUUCAGGAUCUCGCUCCAUCCUGUGCAGGGGCUCUGUUUGGAGUGAUGAAUACCUGUGGAGCAUUUACAGGGGUCAUCAUGGUGUAUUUCUCAGGGUAUCUGAUCGAGGCCACUGGUUCCUGGGCAUCUGUUUUUGGCCUCAUCACGGCCCUGAAUCUGCUGGGUUUAGGAACAUUUUUAAGCUUCGCAGAAGCUCGCAGAGUGGACUUGGAUCUAAUGAAGGGCCGUUACCACAACAUCCACAUCUGAGAGCACAGGACGGGAGCAGAGCAGCUGAAAUGAUGGUUCUUCAGAGACUGUUUUAUUUUCUGUUCAGCUUUUCUUUGGCUGAAGAGAAUCUAGGAAAAGCUGUAGGAGAUACUUAACAGAUAUGGAUCUGUUAUAGGUCACUAGCAGCCACAGUAUGAAGUGUGUUAAUGAAUAUCUUGUUACGGUCCUUGCGUUCAUUCAUUUCUGUUUUAUCCUGUAGCACUUGUGUUGGUUUAUGAUAGCAGUUUCUUUAAUAUCAUCCUUACUGUGACCAAAACGGUCCAUUAAUCAGAUGAAGGCCAAAGGCUAGAGCUUGAGUCUCUGAGUACUGACAAUGUUUAUUAAAUUAUUGUAUUUUUUCAUUUUGGCAUGGCAUGACAAUUUAAAAUACCUCGUUUCAGACAUCUCAGCUUUUUUGCACACUCCGGGUGUGAUGGAGAUUACAGUUUGUUACCGCAGAAUUGGAGUUUGUCCCAGUUUGAAGUGCAUUACUGUCAUCAGAUGAAACAUGUGCUAAGUCAUCUUGACAUUGGCUGAUCCUUUAAAGCAGUUUUUUUGUCUCCACUGUCUGCUGUUGAGAAGAGUUUCUGAUAUUUAAAGGACGUCUUUGUUUCAAAA